GGUAACUUCAACUGAUCUAACAUACAUAAUUAAGCUUGCUGUUAUCAUUGAAGAAUACGAGACAACAACAUGGAGGGGGGAGUUCCAGAAGCUGAUAGUUCUGCUUUCAAAGAGUGCUUCGCUCUUUCAUGGAAAAACCCGUACAUUCUUCACCUUGCUUUCUCUGCUGGAAUCGGUGGCCUCCUCUUUGGCUACGACACCGGUGUUAUAUCCGGGGCUCUUUUGUACAUCAGAGAUGAUUUCAAAGAAGUGGAUAGAAAAACUUGGUUGCAGGAAGCCAUAGUUAGUAUGGCAAUUGCUGGUGCGAUUAUAGGAGCUUCGGUUGGUGGAUGGAUGAGUGAUCGUUUUGGGAGAAAAGCUACAAUCCUUUAUGCAGAUGUACUCUUCUUUGCUGGUGCUGUUAUUAUGGCAGCUGCUCCUAACCCAUCGGUUCUCGUUGUUGGUCGUGUCUUUGUUGGCCUUGGUGUUGGAAUGGCUUCAAUGACAUCACCCCUUUACAUUUCAGAGGCUUCUCCAACCAAAGUUAGAGGGGCCCUUGUAAGUCUCAAUAGUUUCCUCAUCACUGGGGGACAGUUCCUUUCCUACAUCAUCAACUUGGCAUUAGCCAAGUUGCCUGGAACAUGGAGGUGGAUGUUAGGAGUAGCGGCGGUACCUGCUGGUGUACAGAUUGCACUUAUGCUUACACUCCCUGAAUCACCUCGUUGGCUAUUCCGAAAGGGAAAGGAAGAGGAAGGGAAAGCAAUUUUAAGGAAGAUUUAUCCAGCUGAUGAAGUUGAAUAUGAGAUUCAAGUUUUGAAGGAACAAACCGAAUUGGAAAUUAAGGAAGCACAACUCUCAGGCAAUGUCAGCAUGUUACAGUUGUUGAAAACAAAAGCAGUGAGAAGAGGUUUAUAUGCUGGGAUGGGGCUUCAGAUUUUCCAACAGUUUGUGGGCAUUAACACAGUCAUGUACUACAGCCCCACCAUUGUUCAGUUAGCUGGUUUUGCAUCCAAUGAGGUAGCAAUGCUUCUAUCACUCAUCACUGCAGGGAUGAAUGCAUUUGGUUCCAUUUUGAGCAUUUACUUGAUUGAUAAAACUGGGAGAAAGAAGCUUGCUCUGAUUAGUUUGGUUGGAGUAGCAGGAUCCUUAGCUCUUCUCACUGCUAUUUUCCACCAAACUGAGACUACAUCCCCACCUAUUAGCCCAGUUGAAACAUCUCACUUCAAUGGUACAUGUCCUGAUUACAGUUCAGCCACCAACCCUGGUAAAUGGGAUUGCAUGACUUGCCUUCAAGCCCCAGAAUGCAGCUUCUGUUCUGCCCCAGAUAAGCUAAAACCGGGGGCAUGUUUGAUUCAAGAUGACUCCUUGAAGAGUCAAUGUCAUUCAGAACACAGGGAUUGGUAUACAAAAGGAUGUCCCAGCAAAACAGGGUGGGUUGCUAUAGUGGGCUUGGCAGUCUACAUCUUGUUUUUCUCACCUGGAAUGGGAACUGUUCCAUGGGUAAUCAACUCUGAGAUAUACCCUUUAAGGUACAGAGGAAUCUGCGGAGGAAUGGGAUCAACCGCGGUCUGGGUCUCCAACCUCAUUGUAUCACAGUCCUUCUUAUCUGUGACUGAAGCUAUUGGGGCUGCAUGGACAUUCAUGAUUUUUGGAAUAAUUAGUUGUUUUGCCAUUGUCUUUGUCAUUUUCUUCGUACCAGAGACAAAGGGAGUUCCAAUGGAGGAGAUGGAGAGGAUUCUCAAUGAAAGAGGAAUUAAAUUCAGUUUAAGUAGUUAAAUGUAGAGAGUUACUAUAGAGAUGUAGAACUUUAAACCCCUUUCUCCCUUGUUCCCUCUUUAUUUUUACAAGGAAGGUCAUGUUAGCUCUUUAGCAAGUGUACUAAAUUGCUAUGAAGUAAUAAAAGAUCGU